AUGUCUCAACACCAAUUCCAACACCAGCAGCAGCCGCCGCAGCCCAAAACGCAGCGCCGCUCGCACAGAAAAUCCAGAAACGGCUGCGCAGAAUGCAAACGUCGCCACAUACGAUGCGACGAGCGUCGUCCCGCCUGCGCAAACUGCACAAUCGCAGAGCGGACGUGCGUGUUUCCUGCUGCAAAGGAAAAGCCGCCCGCCAGGAAGAAGGUGUCGCCUUCGCAUUCCCCCGUCACGCACACGCAGUCCCCUCAGACGCAGACGCAGACGCAGACGCAGACGCAGACACAUGCCAGCUACACAGAUUAUCAAAGUCCUGCUGCUACGACGCCAUGGAGUUCAAGCGGUGGCCGUACGCCAAAUGAAAUGCCGCCGCCGCCGAUGUAUUCCCAUGCGACGACGUCUGCGGAAUCAUCGCCUCUGCCAUCGUUUGGCGAUUCCUUCCCCCAUCCGUACGACAUAUCGUCGUCUGAUGCGUCCUUCUUCACGGCAGAACACCUCUCGCUGCUGUAUCACCUCGUCAUGUCCAAGGAGGACUUCUUCCUGACACGCGGCCGCAACGUCAGCAUCCUCGACAUCGCCAUCCGGCUCUCCUCGUCACACCCAUACCUCAUCGACGAGGUGCUCGCCCUGUCUGCCAUGCACAAAGCAGCCACGUCGUGCUCAGAAUCGCCUCACCACCUCCUCCGCACGGCUACAGAACUUCAAACCCGUGCCAUCACCCGCUUCACCCGCCUCACAUCCACAUUACCCCCCGAAGACAUGGACUCCUCCAUCCCGCGGUUCCUCUUCGCGGCCACCCUCUCCCUGCACGACCUGGCCGACACGCUCUCCUCCGUCCGGACCCUGCACCACUCCCAGUUCCACGUCUUCGUGAACCGCUUCGUCGACUGUUUCCGCAUCCACCACGGCGUGCGGGCCGUCAUCAAGCCCGUAUGGCAGCACCUCGUCAACUCAGAACUCGAACCCAUCCUGACGCUCACGUCAAAGGCGGGACUGAACCUCACGCCCGAUUCCAAAGGCGCGUGCGAAAGAGGGGACGAGUGCCGUCCGCUGUACGACCUGCUGGACUCGUCGGAUCUCGGACCCGCAACUGUGUCUGCGUGUAGGGGCGCCGUGGAGCGCUUGCAGUGGUCUUUUGACAUUUACAAGAAUCUACCGCAGUCGUGUGCAGGACCGCAUGCUGCCUCGUCGUUUUCUGUCACCGUGGGCAGCGACUACAUUGACGUGCUGAGGAGGUUGCAGCCCGAGGCGGUGAUUGUGCUGGCGUACUAUGGUGUGCUGCUGCACUAUUGUAGGGAGUAUUGGAUAUUUGGCGAUGCGGGCGCCUUGAUUGUGAGGGCUGUUGCGCAGCAUCUGGGGCAUUAUUGGGAGGAUACUAUGGCGUGGCCUUUGAAGAUGGUUGAGGAUGGUUGA